AUGAACCAAAUUCAAGGGAGCCUUCCCUGGGACCUAGGAAUUACUCUUCCCAAUCUUAGUGUCUUUGAAGUUGGUAUAAACUCAUUUACUGGAUCCAUUCCUGUUUCUAUGUCUAAUGCCACUAAACUACGUCGCCUUGGCUUGGCCGGUAAUAAAUUUACUGGAAAAGUUCCUCCUUUGAACAAACUGCAUGAUCUUCAACUGUUAAAUUUUCAUGGCAAUGGUUUAGGAACUGGGGAAGCUGAUGACUUGAGCUUUCUCUAUUCUUUGACCAAUGCAACAAAUUUGUACGCUCUAGCUCUUAGCAACAACAAUUUUGGAGGAUUGUUGCCUGAAUCAAUUGGCAAUUUAUCCACUAAUCUCGGUGAACUAAUAUUGAGCAACAAUGAAAUAGCUGGGAUCAUCCCGAACGGGAUGGGGAAUCUGAUCAAUUUGAAGCUUCUUGACUUGUCAAACAACAAUUUCACAGGAAACAUUCUUGCUGACAUUGGAAAGGUUCAAAAUCUACAGAAAUUGGAUCUCUCAAGUAAUAUGUUCUACGGGGAUAUCCCAUUGUCUUUUGGAAAUUUAACUGAACUAAGACUUAUUCAAAACAAUCUUAGUGGUACCAUACCCAGUGAAGUUGUCAGUCUCUUAUCAUUAUUGUAUCCAUACAUAUUUUGUAAUGAUUUGACUGAUUCCCUUCUAAUGGAAAUUGAAAUUUUAAAAAAUCUAGAAGAACGUGAUGUUUCUGAGUACAUGUUGGCCAGUGAAAUUCCAAGCACUCUUGGAACUGGGGAAGCUGAUGACUUGAGCUUUCUCUAUUCUUUGACCAAUGCGACAAAUUUGUACGCUCUAGCUCUCAGCAACAACAAUUUUGGAGGAUUGUUGCCUGAAUCAAUUGGCAAUUUAUCCACUAAUCUUGGUAACAUUCUUGCUGACAUUGUAAAGUUUCAAAAGCUACAGAAAUUGGAUCUCUCAGCUACUGAUGGGUUUUCUCCAUCCAAUAAGGUCUGUGUGGGUAGUUUUGGUUCUGUAUACAAAGGAGUUCUUGGUGAAGGUAAAAAUGUUGUAGCAGUGAAAGUACUAAACCUUCAACGCCUUGGAGCUUCCAAGAAUUUCCUUACCGAGUGUGAGACCUUGAGGCACAUGAAACAUCAAAAUCUUCUCAAGGUUCUCACAGCAUGGUCAAGUGUUGACUAUCAUGGUAACGAUCUCAAAGCUCUUGUUUAUGAGUUUAUGGCUAAUGGUAGCCUAGAGGAUUGGUUACAUGCAAAUGAGAAUGAAGAUGAGGCGCAUAUAUACUCAAGGAAUUUAAACCUUGUAUAG